CAUAUGCUUUCACUUGACAAUUCUGCAUGUAUAUAGUUUGAGCUGCUACGAAACGCACUUGAGGGGCCUUGUGCUGUGCGAAUUGCGCUGCUCACAUACAGUAAUUCCCGGCAAUACGGCGACAUGGAGACGCCAAUGAAAACACUACCAAACCUUCUGCUUACUCGCUUGCACUCGGAACACAGCGAGCAGUCACAAGGUCCAGCGACGCCUUAUACCGAGGACGUCCCCGAAAUCAUCAACGUGGAGGAAGACACGGGGAGUGAGGAGGAAGAUGAGCCCGAGACGUCCAACGUGUUCACACGCAGCCAGGUGUUUGUGGUGGCGGCGGUUUCCAAGGCUGUGCAGGGCUACCGGCCAGCGGUGGUGCUGGACGGGCACCUUGCGGAGCUGGCGGCGGCGCCCAGUGGCGCAGGCUUCACGCUGACUGCUGUGGGCUCGGACCAGCAGCUCAGCUUCAAGUACGAGCCGCCCAGCCCCAAGUUCACACGCAAGCGCCCGCACGCGCUGUCGUACAGGCUGCAGCUGCUUCAGGGCAGCCAGUUCCUGUACUCCAUGAGGGGGCUGCCCACGGUCAUGCGCUGCCAGCGCAACGCGCGCGCGCUGGAGUGGGGGCCCGCGCACGUGGUGUUUGCCUACGCCGAGGACAUGGAUCUGUUCCUGGCCACCCUCAAAUACGUGGAGGCCAGCGAGGUGGGAACCAGCACCAGCGGCGGGGCGCCGCCGGAGGCGCUCAGCCCGGGGCAGGCGGCGCCGCAGCCGGGCGCCCGCGCCUCCCUGAUGGGCACCAGCCGCCGCCAGCUCAACUCCAGCGAGGGCGGCGUGGCGUCCAUGCUGUGGGGCGCAGACGCCGCGGCGCUGUGGAUGAGCGCCAAGCCGAGGCCCGCAGGCGCCAGGAAUGGCGGCGGCGCUGGCGCGGCGGCGGCGCCGGCGGCGGCUGGGGGGCUGCUGGGCGCUGUCAGCGCAUUGGCGCGACAGCUGCGGGAGCAGCCGGCGGCGGCGACGGCAGCGGCGGCUGCGGCGGCGGCGAUGGUGGUGGCAGCGGCAGCGUAUCUGCUUGGGGGGCGGCGGGGCCGUCGGUAGGGCGUCAGGCUUGGGCUGCUGCGGGGGCUGCUGCGGCUGCUGCUGCGACAGCUGCAGUGCGUGGGCGGGGGCAGCGGGAGGCUGGCCUGGCCCGGCACUAGGAAUUUUGGAAACGAGCGCGACGAGUUCGAGGGAUGUCGAAGUUGGGAAGCGCUGUGGGAAGCGCCGGGCUGCUGGAAUUGCGUACAGACUCAGAGCCGCUGGCUUGCCCGCCUCUGGAACUUACUUGCAACUGGUAUGAGCAAGGUUUAAUCCCCGCACAAAUAUCGCAAGGAAUAUCAAGCGGCGCAGAAGCGUCGGCAGUUAGUUUUUGACCGCCAGUUAAAGUUGCGACAGGUUGCGAAGUCUACCUUUUUAUGUACUCGGUGCCGCGCCGCGCCUUGCUCGCGCGAGCGCAGGAGAGGGCAGUCGUUCCAGACGGCGCAGCGUAAUUCAAUAUACUUGCAACACGCCCAGGCUGCGCACGACUGCCCCCAACAGUCCGAGCGAGCAAAUGGACGCCGCAACGCAGUGUCUGAUGAAUACAAGAAGAUUCAUUUGAAUCUCAGAAGUUAAGGGAUGUCAAUUUCUGUUGCCGUCGCGCCUGCUGAGGAGACAGCGGGGACUAGUGUCGAAUUAUGACU